CCUGAUCCUACGUUGUAGCUGACUAACUGACUGACAAAUAAAGGUUGGUCAUGUACACCUGAUUAGUUGGUUAAUAUAAAUAUUAUUUGUACAUUCAUGUAAGAGUAAAUCAUUUAAAGUCUACAGACAUUUGGACUUCGAUGAAUAUUAAAUUCAAUCAAAUUUGUGUAACUUAAUUUUACUUUUAGAUAUAUGGGAUUUUGUCCACAAUUUAAAUAUAGAUAUGGUCAUACUUUUGGUAAAGAAACAUCAGAAAUAGCUAAAAAUCUACCAUAUUAUUUUGGGCCAAGAAUUCAAGGAUCACAUCAUUUUUACCCUGUUACUAGGGAGAAUAAUAAAUUUGAUCCAUUAAGAACUAAGUUUAAUGAUGAUGUUCCUGGAAGAAUGUUACCAAAAUCAACAGGAGAUAAUAAAUAUACAGAAGGAAUGGUACCAGGAUAUUCUGGUAAUAUACCACAAAUGAAUUUUAAAUUUGGUCGAACAUAUCGUAAUCUAUCUGAUGAAUGCGUUGAUCAAUUAGUUAAAGAAUAUAAAUCUUCUGAGUUAAGACAAAACAGAUUGAAAGAAUCAUCCAACUUGAUGACUAAUCUUCAUCCUGUAACAUAUGAUCCUUUAGUUAAGAAUCAUUUAAAUAUAUGGACUGAUGAUAUGGUUAAGAAGAAUUCUGAUGUUCAUUCGUAUAUGAGUUCAACUGAACCACCUAUUCCAGGUUAUAAAGGUUUUAUACCUCGUAUGGAUACAACAGAAAGUGGUUUAGCUAAACGUUUUCAUGAAGCUGCUCAAAGUAGUUUAGAAACAUUUAGAGCUGAAUGA